AUGCUCCCCAUCAUAUUGCUGCUGUUUGUGACAGGGAACUGCAACCGUCUUUCAAAGGAUGAAAAUAGUCAUCUGCAGAAGACCUGCGGUGUGGCUAGACUGGAAUCUUCCUCAAAAUUCAAAAUAUUUGGAGGAAGUCUCGUAAGACCAGGCGAAUACCCCUGGAUGGUCAAGCUGGACGUUCACAGAGAUUUUGGAGAAGACUCAUACCGAGAACCCUGCAGCGGAUUUCUGAUCUCUUCCCGUCACAUUCUUACAGCAGCACAUUGUGCAACAAAUUUUGACCACGACUUGGCGGAAUUGGAGUGUCUAGGAGGAAUAAGUGAUUACGAACCUUCGACAAGUGUGCCAAAGGAUUUCAUCGUUUAUGUCGGGACCCGUUGCAAUCCUCCCGAAAAAUGUAAAACGACAUACCCAGUGGCCAAGGUUAUUCUCGAUAGCAAGUGGAAACGGUGCGUAAAAGGAAAGGACGAUGAAUUCAUGGUUAAUAAAAACGACUUUGCAAUCCUGGAACUGAAAAAUGAUGUCAGCACAAAGGAUGCCAUUCCAAUUUGUCUACCAAACAGUCAGACUGCAUUGGCAAAACAUCUUCAAGUAACCGGAAGUGGAUGGGAAAAAGGUAGAUUUGGCAAACGAUGCGAAAAAAGGCUGAAAAGUUCUCUUGUUCGAGUUAUGUAUCGUUAA